AUGCCCGUGAACUGCGGUGAUCUAGAGACAAAUGUGCUGCAGGAGGAGCUGUUAACGAGCCUUACACGCUUGCGCAGUUUGGCGCGCAAAGGCACAGACAAGACAGGCCUGCUUUGUCCUGGCAGAAUGGGGGAGGAGAUUUGGUGCGAGCUGCGCCGCAGGCGGGCGCUGCUGCACAUUGAGUCCCACGAGGGCGAUCCCGAGAGCAGCCGGCAGUGGCAGCUCCGGCUCUGGCAC